AUGGAAAGAUUCAAAACGCCCGCAGGCCGUCUAUCUACGAUCUUCUACAGCACCGACAUCCUGCGAGGAAAAGUAAACCGAAAUUCUUCUUCGGUAUCAGAUGAAAAAAAGUCGCCGGUUCAAGGAACUGAUAAGGAGGAAGCCGUUGUGCAUGGUGUUCAGACUAAGCCUAGAGUCACGGUCAAGUCUGUGGGGCGUCGGAUGGCUGGUGCCCGGGGCUAUGACCGCUCUGAUGGGGAUGUCAGGAGCUGGGAAGACACACUAGCUCAACGAGUUUCCAUUGGAGUCGUGUCAGGUGGGAUGUAUCUUGACAAUAACCCCCUCCCCCUGUCAAUGCACCGGCGCUCAGGCUUCGUUCAGCAGCAGGAUGUCCACCUUAGCACUUCUACUGUUCGUGAAGCACUUAGGCUGACAGCUCAGCUGCGCCGGCCAUCAUCUGUCCCUAUUGCCGACAAAUAUGACUAUGUGGAGACAGUCAUUUCGAUGCUCGAGAUGGGUGACGUUGCGGAUGCGCUUAUUGGCGUGCUGGGCGCCGAACUCAGUCUCGAAAAAGGGAAAAGGGUCAGUAUCGGCGUCGAACUCGCCGCUAAACCGGAUAUCCUACUAUUCCUAGACGAGCCUACAUCCAGUCUGGACGGUGAUUCCGCCUUCUCCAUCAUACAGCUGAUGCGAAAGUUUGCAGAUGCUGGACAAACCAUCCUGUGCACCAUUCACCAGCCGUCAUAUGAACUCAUUGAGCUGUUUGACUCUCUACUAUUGCUCAUCCCCGGCGGCAAGACCGCAUACUUUGGACCACUGGGGCCGAAAUGCGAGACCCUUAAUGCAUAUUUUUCCCGGCACGCCCGACGCUGCGAAGAGACGGAAAAUCCAGCGGAUUAUGUCCUAGAUCUUACGGCGCACCCGCCGGUCGAUUGGGCGGUGACGUGGGAACGGUCAGAGGAAUACAAGCCAUCCCGGCAACGUCUGGAGCAAAUUCUCUCGCAGAAUAACCCUGGUUCAAACGAUAAUGGUAAUGCUGAAGAUGAUCAAAAUGGCACGAGCUACGCAACCUCGCCUCUCCAACAGCUGCGGGUGGUCAUCUGCCGCAUUCUUCUCAACUACUGGCGAGACCCAGAUUACGUGAUGGGCAAAAUGCAGUUGAAUAUAUGGAUGGGGCUUAUAAACGGCUUGACAUUCCUGCAGCUCUCGGACAGUUUGCCUAACUCGCGCAACCGCUUGUUCUCCAUCUUCAUUGCUAUCACAGGACCAGUGCUGACGCUUCAGAUUGAGCCGAGGUUUAUUGCUUUUCACGACCAGUUCCUCGCACAUGAGAAAGAGUCCCGUGUCUACCACUGGAGCGUUUUCGUGCUUAGAUACUUCACUGCCUCGGAGCGCGCCGGAUACGCGUUCCUGAUGUAUGAACUCUACCAUAUCUUCGUUGCCAGUCUCGCACGUCUGAUAUCCUCUGUGUUCCCUAUCAUUGCAGCUGCUCAGGUUGCGACCGGUUUCGUCUGGCUGAUGGUUAACACUUUCAAUAGACCUCUCUCCCCACCGCCGCUCACCCCCAAGGGAUGGCGCUAG